AUGGAACAGUGCGCCAUAAUUACCCAGACCAACAAACCAGUGGGAUCAAAGAUUCUUUCCGACAGUAAGAAUACUCGGCAGGUGACUCCAGAGCUCUUCAGCUUGUUUAUGAAGGAGAAUCCUUUCUCAAACAAAACAUGGGACACUUGUGCAGUUGUUGGGAACGGUGGGAUCCUGACCAACAGCAGCUGUGGAAAAACGAUUGACUCGGCUCAGUUUGUCAUGAGGUGCAACCUCCCUCCUUUGGAAAAUGGAUACGAGAAACAUGUUGGUAUCAAGACUGACUUUGUGACAGCAAACCCGAGUAUCUUCUUUGAUAAGUACGGGGCUCUGUCUGGACGCCGUCGUCAAUUUGUGGAGAGUCUGCGCAGCUAUGGAAACUCCCUGCUGCUGAUUUCUGCCUUUUCCUUUGCCUUCUACACUCCUGCAUCUGUGCGGGCCUUCUAUGCCAUCGAGGACUUUCAGAUCCCCAUCAGACCAGUCUUCUUAAACCCCGAGUACCUCCAGAGUUUGGCCCUGUUCUGGCGCUCUCAGGGCCUAAAGUCGGCUCGACUCAGCACCGGCAUCAUCAUGGCCAGUCUAGCGCUGGAGCUCUGCGACGACGUUCAUCUGUACGGAUUCUGGCCCUUCAGCACCCACCCGUUUAGUUUUCACAACCUCACCAAUCACUACUACGACGACAGGCAAGUUAAAGCUGGAUUCCACGCCAUGCCGACUGAGUUUGAGCUCCUGCUGCAGCUGCACAGUCAGGGCAUUCUCAGGCUUCACCUGGGAGACUGCCAACCAGGUGGAACGUAG